GGGCUCUCUACCUCCUCUGCACUCUCUCAUUCAACCUCUGUAGUCAGCAGAACGAGAGGCUGAGGAGAGCAGCGCAGCAUCCACGGCUCCAGCAUCCUGCAGAGGACUCUGCUCCAUGGAGGAGAGGAGGAGGAGGAGUGACGGGGAGAGGAAGACAGAUCCACAGCUGAAAGGAGACCAAAAGAGGAGGAGAGGCUGCGAGGAGUAAGAGUGGGAAAUGAAAGGAAUUAAGGAAAGCUCGCUGCCUGUGUGAGGAGCACUGCAGCUGUACUAAAUCUGGGGCUGUCAGGCCAACCCUCAGCAAAGCAGUGAGUGAGAAAGAGGAGCAGAGUAAAAGCUUUCAGGAGCUGAUCUCACCACACUGAGAGAGAGCAAAUGGAAACUCACAGAGCCUCUGCGUCAGUGGAUCAAACUUCACACAGGAAAAGUGCCUUUGGAGCUCCAGUCUGAGUCUGCCUCAAGUAAACAGGAGAGUUAUUCUGCCAGUUCCUGCAAGGUGAAACCUCUCACAGCAACUCCGACUCUGCUGAGAACACUUCAGGUCUCUGCUCUCCUCUCUCCACGUCCCCCUCUGUCCUCCCUCCACCUGCCUGCUCCUGGUGAAUGUCUUCUUCUCUGCAUGCUCUCCCACUGCUCGGCAGUUGAACACACUCAUGGUCGAUGCCAAAGGAAGGAACAUGAAAUGUCUGACUUUCUUCUUAAUGCUUCCCGAGUCCGUGAAAAGCAAGUCGAGUAAGAACUCCAAGAAAGGGAAUGCCAGUGGGAGCUCCAAGCUGCCCCCCGUCUGUUAUGAGAUUAUCACUCUGAGGAGCAAGAAGAAGAAGAAGAUGGCAGCGGACAUUUUUCCCACCAAAAAGCCGGCGUCCACCACCACGGUGCAGCAGUACCAGCAGCAGAACCUCAACAACAACAACACCAUACAGAACUGCAACUGGCAAGGGCUCUACUCAACCAUCAGAGAGAGGUGAGCUCCGGACAUUUCUGCAACUUUUACAAACAUGCUCGUCAAUAAUAAAUGUGAUUUUUUUAUUCUUUAAUAUUCUGAAGAAAGGGAACUAGUCUUUGUGUGUAUUUCUGUGUGCGUGUGUGCGUGUGUGUGUGUGUGCGUGUGGGCGUGAGCAACAGUGGGUGUUCCCCCCCUGCCCUGCCCUCGAUCUGCUGGGGGUAUCUGUGUUUACAGCCUCUCCUGCUCCUGCAGACUCUGCCGCUCUGACAUAACAGAGGGCGGACAGGCAGCGGGUGCGUUUGAUUUGCACAACAGGCGGAGGCUGCUCCGCACUAAAAGCUAAAUAUUUACCUUGGCCUAUCAGCAAAAGACCCCAGCUGUCCGCGGCUAAACGGGCGCUUUCCGACCCGGCUUUGUUGUCUCUCCAGAACAUCAUGGGGCUGUUUACCCACGCCUGUGACAUGUUCCACUGCUCAAUAAUACAUGAACGCCGCUUUAUUGUCAGUCCCGGUCCUUCACAGCGGGGAUUUUCCAUUCAUUUCAUUGUUUAGUAUGCCUUUAUUUAUGCCGCUUGAGUUUGUAUUCAAAAAAUGAUCCGGGGUUCAGUGAGUUUUGUCACUUUGAAGGACUUGGUACUACUUUUUUGUGUCUAAUGUGGUUUCUGUCUGCUCGUAACUUUACCAAGUCUGUCUUAAUUGAAAUAAAAGAUGUCGGACAAAUACAGAUGCUUUCUGCAAACUCAACACUCUGCUUUUACUUUUUAAAGCUGCAAAAAGGAUUCAUAUCAAAAAUACUCCAAAACUUGCUUUUUUCCUCUUUUCUUCUACUACUGAAAUUGGCUACACGAGUCAUUUUCUCCUGCUUUUUUAUCCUUUCAUCUUUUCAGAAACUCGGUGAUGUUCAACAAUGAGCUGAUGGCAGAUGUUCACUUUGUGGUGGGUCAGCCUGGAAGGACCCAGCGGCUGCCAGGACACAGAGUAAGACUUUCAUCCAUCUCUAAAAGAAAGAAAACAUCGCAGCAGCAGGAGAGGGAAUCAUGUCCUGUGUUGUUGAUAUCGUAUCAUAUCAGAAUAGAAAUAAUAUUCCUCAUCAGCAGCUGGAGUGGGAGUGAAAUCCUUUGUGCUCCACUCUCACUUCCGCACCAUGUGUCUUUCCGAGACAGUCCUCAAUUAUUUAUGUAAAUGAGGCUGAAGGAUGGAGGCGCAGAGAGAGAGAGAGAAAGAAGGAGGACGGGAUCUCCUCCUCAGCAGUCAUCUCAAAGAAAGGAGCGUCUUUGUUUCUGCUUUGGCUCAGAUUUUCACAGACAGCUCUGCAAUCACUCAACUUUUAAUCAAACACAUCCAGCAGAGCGCGCUCACCACGACAGGACAGGGACUCUCACAUCCUAAAGACACUUUUCAGCUCAUUUACCCAACGAGCUUCUUAAUCUGUGAAAGACAGAGCUGUUAAUCUACCUCAGAAAAAAAGGUACGAGUAGAAUAAUCGGGCCUGUUUUUGUCGCAUGUGACCUGCAGAUAGACCCGACAGUCUUUGUUUAAUCCACCCUGUGACCUCGUGUUUUCCAAGAUGUUCACAUAAAUGAUUGAUUAAUGUUCAUAGCUGCCUCGCCCUCUCUAAAAGCACAUUAUGAUGUCUGCUCGGCCUGAAUAUUUGAGUUCAUUUCACAGGAAAGAGAAGACACAAUCAGACUCACAGGAGAACCACAGUGACGAGUUUCUGUUCCUCAGAGAUCAACUCUUGUCCUCCAUUUGCCCUUAAAUUAAACUAUAAUUAGCAAUUUAAUAAACACAUUUAGGGUUUAUUAGACAAUGUAACAUCUGGUUUGUUGUAGGUUUUCUUUGCACUUUACCUUUAUUGUGAAAAGAUUUAUGUGUAGGAGUUAAUUCAGUUCUAAUUGGUUAUUAUCAAAACUGAAGGAAACCAGCUGUCCAGAAUUAGAUCUGUAAUGCGGUGCAGAUUCAUCAUGUUUAACUCUGUUUCUGGUCUAUCUUGGAGAUGUUUUCAAAGAGGUUGAGGGGCUGAAUCCUACGUUUUCAAGAAUGUUUAUGUCUUUGCUGCUGUUUUAUUUUGAAGGCCUGUUUGCUAUGUUUGCAGCUAAGUUUGUUCAUAUAACUGAUAGUGAUGCAUCUCAAUGAUAGCUUCCACUUGCUGAUAAACAACAAACUUCAGAAAGUUGGGUUUGGACCAAGCAGCAACUACAAAGCCAAGAAAUGAAGCAAGUGCUAAAAACUGCAGUACCCUAAGUGUCCACAUGAGGCUGGCUCAGAAACUCAGUAAGGUCCCUUGACACCCGUCCAUUUCUCAGCUGUACAGAGAAUUCACAUUUCUUUUUAUAGAAAUUUAAGAACUUUGUUGGAAUUUGAGGGAAAUAAAUGUCAUAUUGAGCAACUUGAAUAUAAAAUAGGUUUGCCAAUUGAUCCAGCAGAGGAUGCUCUCAUCGUAACCUGACUAUUGAAUACCACUUUUGACUUAAGUAAGAUUUUCUACAAACACAGAAGAAGUGUGCUGCAACCAAAGCUGUUCUGAGCUGGAAAUCACAACACAGGAACAUCUGAGAAGUACCAUGUGAAAGUGUUUUGGGGUUUUAAACCACAGAUAGACGCAGAAAAGACAAAGAUUGGGCUGUUUGUUGAGUUGGGUCACUUGCCAACAACAGCAAAUCUGCAGACUCACCUGUGAGGCAGCAGAGGAAGCGCCACAGGGAAGCAUGCAAUGUCAGCAGAUAAUAUUUAAAGACGAGCUGCACUCGUUCUUGAUUGAGUUGUAGAUGAGUGUUUUGGCAAAUGAUAUCAAAAAGUUACUCGUCAGAUCGUUCAGAUUGACAAAUUUGCAGGAGUUUAUUGCUUUAAUGCAAACAGACCAAGAAGUUUUGAGGAUUUUAAGUUUUGAGUUUUGGGAGUUAGUCAGGGGUACAGGUGACUUUCCUGACAGGCUGUUAUCAAGGAGGCUAAAGACAUCUGCUCCACCUCUUUACCUCAUUGUAGACUUCAAACUCAUAAAUUUAGUUGAGUGAAGUCCACGUUUUGUACCGUCUGAUUGGCCCUUAAGGAGGUGGUGGUGGGUCUUUGUUGAGAACCAGUGAGCUGGAUAACUGAUCCGUUUGAGCAGUAGUUAAAGAAAACUGCAAAAAGCUCUUUUUCUUUUUAUCCAUGUGGUCAGAUGUUAAGUUGGUCUUUUAUAGCAGGGCUCAACUGCAUAAUGAUGAAACGGUUACAACAUUAAUUUUAAAUCUUAAAAGUGAUUCUGCAGGCGUGAAUUUUACUCUCCUGUCUGCUCCACAUGUGAACCGUCACGGGUCGUCUUUUUCAGACCGGAGGAGGGUGUUUUAUCUGCAGCUGGUAGAAAGUGGUAAUGAGGAGGACAUCCAGAAUGACUCGGCUGAGACAUUACGCCGAUGGGAUAUAAUGGCGUUCAGGCCUGCAAUCUUUAUUGUGUCCAUUUGGCAGCAAGUCAGAUAUGCGUUAUGAUUUAAUUCACAAAGUUAUAUCCCUGCAAGACGGAGGACGGCGCUUAAAGCGGUGAUUAAUGUGAACAUCUGUAAAAUACAAAGUGUCAAAAGGUGACGCUAAUCUUGUUCUAAUAUGCAGAUUUUAUGUACCCGUCAAUAAAUCCUCCUGAAGGAGCAGCUGACUUCCAGCUGACCUCUCAGCGUGAAAAAUGAAACAUGAAUUAAGGUUUUUAUGACGAAAAAUAAGAACUAAUUCGGUUUAUUUUAGAGCAGGCUCACCUCAACUUAUUUUGCAGAACGUCUGUUUGUCUUUUUCGGGGAAUUUCAUGCCACCCACUCGCCCACCUACACACACAAACACACAACCAAAACAGACGUGCACACACUGAGCGAAAACAUGAAUGUGCCAAAGUAUAAUUACAGAACGCCUGGUCUUGUACAGCGCACUAAUUACGGGAUAAAAAGAAGCAUUGUGUUGCAUCUGAUUUCAUCAUAAGUUCAGAAAGUCAUUAAUUUCAGCAAAUUAAACUUAUGCUGCACACUGUUCAGCAGUAUUGUUCAGAUUUUUCUUUGUUUUGGUGCUGAAGUCUUUCUCAUUAGAAACCCGCCUCCCUGUCCUCAGGGGUAAACAAGGCUCAUUAUGAAAGAAGUAUACAGGUUAGAUCUGGAGCGCCGUUCAAUAUCCACCAUGAGGAUUGUGUUUUUAAUGUAAAGAACAAAAGCUACAUGUGAGAUGAUUACAUCCAACACUCAUGUAAUCAUUCUCUCUCUUCAUGUUAUGUUGUUUCUGCUGAAAUCUUUCAUGAAUUAUGGCGUGUUGUUUUCUCCUCUCAUGACUUUUUUCCCUCCUUUUUUCUACAGUAUGUUUUGGCUGUCGGCAGCUCGGUGUUUCACGCCAUGUUUUAUGGCGAACUGGCCGAGAACAAAGACGAAAUCCAUAUCCCAGAUGUGGAACCGGCUGCAUUUCUAGCAAUGCUCAAGUAAGACUUUCUUCUCUGUCUCUGCUCGCACUAUCUUCAAAUACGAGGUUUCUACUUUACAGUCAUCAAAGUCACAUGGAAAAUGCAAAAAUGUCCCAGAAAAUCUAAUGCUGUUACUCAAACAUCCUCUCAACUCAUAUCAGGAGGCUAGAUCAUGUUUGGGAUAGUGAGAGUCUGAGAACACCCCAAAAUCACAUCACACAGCAGCACCUGAAGAGACCAAAACUCCACAUGCAAAUGUAAAAAUAUAUCUCAACUCUUACAUACAAGGGGACACAGGAGGAACGGCUGUAGGACAGAGUCGUUACCUGUUAAUGAAGCAUUUCUUCAGCCAUGUUUACAUGUUUGCAAAAUUGCUUGAUCCGAUAAAAAAUUUGAGGGAUCAGGAAAUCUGAAUCCAGUGUUUAUGUGAGCGCAAAGUCAAAUAAUCUGAUCAUGACGUGCGUACACAUGCACCAAGCUUUAUUCGGAUUAGAAGCAUUUGGACAUGCGCAGAGUUGUCUAAUUACACUUAAACAACUGCAGAAGAAGAAGAGUUGUACUAACGCCUGUGCUGUCAACAAACCAAAUAACACAGUCAUGGCUCACUCCAUCGAAUUAAGGAGUUUCCCCCUGUUAAAUCGUGUCACUAGAUGGCGCCCUUGCGUAUUUACCUUACUGUUCUGUCAAAGGUUGCUCUGUGCGUCCGGAUGUGACAUCAUUGCGCUGUAACGGAGGACGGGCACGGCACCUGUGGUUGUGUUUUAUGCCAGAGUGUUAGAAUGAAACCUCCUGUACUGACCUCGAUAAAUAAGCCAAAGGCUAAAGAGUAAAGACCGAGUCAGGUAAGAGAAUCACGAUCCGAAUAAGUGUUCACAUGGACGCGUUUUGGAAUAACGGUCGGCAUAAACCACCCUUCUUGAUCGGAAUACAAUUUCUUUCAGUUUGAGCCGAAUUGGAUCGUAAUCUCCCGAUCGACAUGUUUACAUGACACAUUUUUAUACCGAUCAGACGUUUAUUCCGAUUUUUUGUGCCCGUGUAAACGCAGCUUUUGGCGUUAUGCUAACAGAGUAUCCCCAGAUGUUCAAUCAUUUUCAAGUUACCCUUUCUGACACGUCUACUUUUUUUUACUGUGCUGCAUGUCACUAAAUGAUAGUACUCAUUGAUUUGUUCGCUUGUGUAUCCAAACACGAGUUUUCUGCCAUGUUUAUCAAUGAUUGAAUCCAGUCUGAGGAGUGACCCCUGAGUGGGUAGAGGGAGAAUCAAAUAUGACUAUAAUUGCCAGUUUUUGUUAGGUAUCCCAAUAAAUAGAGAAACUAUAGGGAUAACUCCAGUUAUUGACCGUUGUUCAUCUAUGCCGCCCAGAACUGAAACCCUGCAGAAACCAGCCCAGCAUGGUGCAAAACCAAUCCAACAGAAGAGUCAGACUGCAUACUACCUUCAAAGAGAGCAUACAUUAAAUACUGUGUCUGUGAUCCUAAUGGGAUUAUUUACAGACGUCUUUCAUGCACAGCUGCAGUGAAAGGACAAGACAGAUGCAUCACUCAGUUACCAGUUCCUCAUUAUUCAUUAGCAUGUCAGAAUUCAUGGUUUGAGCCUGAGGCGGCACAUAUUUAAAUCAGGCUUACACAUUCCUGUCAUACCAGGUAAACCGUCUCUGGAAAAGUCCUCGAAAUGAUCCUCAGACAAAACAAAGAGAGCUCUGCAUUGACCCUGAUCCGUGAUCUUACCUUUUCUAAACAAAUGUCAUGUUUAUGGACAAAAGUGGGACGUCAAACUGACGGUGGAAAAGAGCAAUGAGUUGUGAAGUGAGUCUAUUGGAUCUGCUCGUCUCUUACCCAGCCAGAUAGAUGAAAAAUAAAGUGAUCCUCCCCUCCGUCUCGGAGAUCAAAUCCAUAUCUGCCUGUUUUCAUUUCAUUCAUACCGUUUUGUUUUGUGUGAUUCCUGCUGAAUAGCUCAAUACUGUUAUUUAGCUACUGUCUCCUUGCUGAUCCGGCGUCACCUUUAAUUCUCGGUUUAUUGUCAGCAUCAGCAGAACUGUGAUUUCACUUUUUUAUAACCUUAGCUCAUUGUUUAAUGACCUAAUCUUCAACAGACGCUGGAAUUAUUUUGCAGAUGAAACGGGAAUCAGACAUUUUUCAAUACAAGCAUCCUCUCUUCUUCCACAGGUACAUUUACUGCGAUGAGAUCGACCUGAGUGCUGACACUGUGUUAGCCACUCUUUAUGCUGCCAAGAAGUACAUUGUCCCUCACCUGGCACGUGCCUGCGUUAACUUCCUGGAGACGAGCCUGAGCGCCAAAAACGCCUGUGUGUUACUCUCCCAGAGCUGUCUGUUUGAGGAGCCCGAGCUGACGCAGCGCUGCUGGGAGGUGAUUGAUGCCCAGGCCGAGCUGGCGUUACGCUCCGAGGGAUUCUGCGACAUCGACUCUCAGACUCUGGAGAGUAUCCUGCAGCGGGAGACACUCAAUGCUAAAGAGAUAGUGGUGUUUGAGGCGGCGCUCAGCUGGGCCGAGGCCGAGUGCCAGAGACAGGAGCUCACCUUGUCCACUGAUAACAAGCGCAAGGUUUUGGGCCAGGCCAUGUACCUGAUUCGUAUCCCGACAAUGGCGCUGGAUGAUUUUGCCAACGGGGCAGCCCAGUCGGGUGUGUUGACACUCACUGAGACCAAUGACAUCUUCCUGUGGUACACAGCGGCCAAGAAGCCUGAGCUGCAGUUUGCGAGCCAGCCCAGAAAAGGCCUAACGCCCCAGCGCUGCCACAGAUUCCAGUCCUGUGCCUACCGGAGCAAUCAGUGGCGCUACAGAGGCCGCUGUGACAGUAUUCAGUUUGCGGUGGAUAAAAGGGUUUUCAUUGCUGGGUUUGGACUUUACGGAUCGAGCUGUGGCUCAGCAGAGUACAGCGCAAAGAUCGAAUUGAAACGACAAGGAGUCCUGCUGGGACAAAACCUCAACAAGUACUUCUCUGAUGGUUCCAGCAAUACCUUUCCAGUCUGGUUCGAGUACCCGGUGCAGAUCGAGCCCGAUACCUUCUACACAGCCAGCGUGGUGCUGGACGGGAACGAGCUGAGCUAUUUUGGACAGGAAGGGAUGACAGAGGUGCAGUGUGGGAAAGUGACCUUUCAGUUUCAGUGCUCCUCUGACAGCACUAACGGAACAGGGGUGCAGGGGGGACAGAUUCCUGAGCUCAUCUUUUACGCUUGACACCUCCUGUGCCAGCUGUAGACUGGUUUCAGUGCACUUAUGGAAAAUAGAAAAGUAUCACUCUGUGCAAAGUGUCACUUCUUUAAUUUAUUUUUGUCACUGUUAAAGAAUCUGAUGUCAGGCCUGUGAGGAGGUCUUGUCGGGCUUUACUGUUGGGAACUGGUCCACUUCAGAGAGGGACCACAUACAGUCCUCGAAGAUGAGAGAUAUCUGGCACAAGGUGUGCGUGUAAAUAUGAACAUAUGUAAAUUCUGAAAUGUCUAUGAUGCCACAAAUGUGGUGAAAGCUGGCCACAAAAAAUCUUAUAUAAUGAAUAUGCUACGAUAUGUUUAUUAUUUCUAUGCUUGCAUAGAAUGCACAUAUAUAGCAGCAAUACUUCACAUUCUGUAUGAAACAACAACGAGCAUUUCAUAUCAUGACUCAGUCUGGGCCAUUAAAGCAUUUCACAGAUCUAGAACUGCAAAGGAUUCACUCCGUUUUACACAUCAGAAUAAUCUUCUCUGAAGAAGAAGAGACAGUGAAAUAACAGACUGACCCUCUCUGCAGCAUCACUCUUAGUAUAUCUGGAGGAGUUUUCAGGCUCUAUCUGAUGUAGUUUGCUCACUAGCUGAGUGUUAGGAGGAGUAACUACUCGGGCUGUCACAGUAUAUUAGUAUUGACCUUAACAGUAUUCAAGAAAUAUGAAUUCUGGCUUACAUACUGAGACAUUAUGAAUUAAAGUAGGGGGCGCUAGCAGCUUUUCCUGCUGGCUAACAUGAACCAUAAACCAGAGGGACGUAGAAGAAGAAGAAGGAGAAGAAGCAGGAGUUGGCUAGCUAUGGCAGCUCUUUGAAAGAUGGAAAGAUGAAUUAAAAGGUCAAAUAUGACCACGCGUUAUGAUGAGGUGGUAAUUAACCAUGUGAAAUACGACGUGGAGAUCUCCAGGAGUAUUGAUCCAUUUCAGUGUAUUAUUAAUUAACAAAACGUAUUGCAGAAAACAUGUCAAACUCUCUAUUUACAUCCUAUUUACAGAGGACUCUACACCCACUCAGAGUGAGGUUAAAGUUAUAACUUGUAUUAAUGUUGGAACUAUCGAUCUAGGCUAAGUUUGAACUUAUGCACAGCUGGUAAUACUCAGUGCAUAUCCAUAGUCUACUAUCUAUAAAGCAUGCAUUGUUCUAUUGAAUAAACUUUGUUGCUUAGAUACGAGGAGGAAGUGCAAAGAAUAAGGCCAAGAAUCGAACCAGGAUUGCCCGUGUGACGUUUCACCUCCAUAUUUAGAGGACAAGGCCAGGGAUGUCCCAAAAACCACAGGAGUUAUACCAACCUAAAAGAAAGACGUUUAAAAUUUCAAAAUAAAAGCAUAAGAAACAAUCUUUUUAAUGGCUAAGUUUGAACGUCACCAUCACCACGACAACCAUAAGGUGAACUUAUGAUACUGUGAUAGCCCUGGCAGUUGCUGUAGAGGGUGAAUGAUACUCAGUAUCUCCAUGUAGGCAUUUGUAUCUGAAUGGUUUCAAUAGAAAAUGCAGUUAUUUUUGGAUACUCUGACUCCAGUAGCUGAGCACUUAGAGAGGACUCAGAGGGUCUUAUAGUUUAGGGAGCACUAGAUUUAAGGAGACACAUUACCCUCGACGGUAUCUCUGUAGCAUGUUGCUCUGCACACUCAUCUCAGUCACUUCAGCGAGGUUUCAUUUCGAUCAGCGAGUUUCCUGGUUUUCUGUCUGCAGUGCAGUGCUUACUUACAGCAUGGGCGGUUCAUUCAUCGUGUUCUGCUAAUUGUUCUGGCGCCUCAGUUUUGUUUACAGCAAAAGAUCAAUGAUUGAUUCGGUGUUUGAAGCUGUUUAUCUUAUGGACUUUUAUUCUCUUUGUUCAAACCCUGUACACUCUGAACUGCUGAGCACUCCCUCCCAAUGUGACCAUACAGUACGAGUAUUUGCAGAGUAUACUGUAUAUGCUACAGACAUGCACUGAUGUUGGUUCGUAAUUGAGUUUGUUUUUAUUAUUGAAGCAGGUUUAUUUUGUUUGUUUUUUUUUGUUUUUACUGUGCUACUGAAUAUUUUCUCCGGUGUCUCCGGAUAAACAUCCACGGGCUUGUUUGCUGAUGACAGUGGAUGGGCAAACUGGUGUUCGUGUCCUGUGUUUACGUGCUACAGUGCUGGGAGACCAACGAAUGUGUAUGAUUGUUGAUGACGCAAAUAAACAAAACAAGUGGUACAUGUUGGUUUUGCCUCCCGUCUGUGAAGAGUCAGAACGCCGCCGCACACUCCGUCUGAGUUUGUGGGAUGGGGACAGAUGAUGCCCUCUAGCAAAGCAGUGAUUUAUAGUAACUUGAAGAGCUGUCUGGUGAUUGAUGAUCCCCGUCUUCACGCCACUUAUACGCCGAGCUUUUUGCCUGUCAAGCUCCAACUCUAUCCACGCUGCACAACAUAUGAC